AUGUCUGAGAACAAGAACCUCGUGGGCAAAGUUGCAGUCAUCACCGGCUCCAGCCGUGGCAUCGGCGCAGCAAUUGCCCUCAAGUUCGCCUCCCAGGGCGCCAACAUCGCCAUAAAUUACUUGAGCACCGCCUCCGCCGCCGAGGCCGUGGCCAGCCAAAUCCGCGCCCUAGGCGUAAAGGCAAUUACCAUCCAAGCCAACGUGUCGCAAGAGCACGAAGUCAAGACCAUGUUUGAGACCGUCAUGCGCGAAUUCGGAAGACUUGAUAUUGUCGUAAGCAACUCGGGCAUCGAGCACUUUGGAAGUUUGGAGCAGGACACAGGCGAUGAUAUCGAUCGUAUCUUUGCAGUCAAUGUCAAAGGGCAGUACUUUGUUGCGCAGCAGGCGUUUAAACAUAUGAAUGACUUUGGAAGAGUGAUGUUGACUUCGUCGAUUUCGGCCGUGAGGGGUGUACCGAGACACUCGAUCUACGCUGCGUCCAAAUCUGCGAUUAUCGGUAUGACCAAGUGUCUUGCCAUGGACUUUGGCGCGAGGCAAAUCACUGUCAAUUGUAUUGCUGCCGGGGGUGUCAAGACGGAUAUGUAUACUGAGAUGGCGGCCAAGUAUAUUCCAGGCGGCGAGACUUUGACCCCAGAGCAGAUUGACGAGUGUCUGUCCAAGUGGUCACCUUUAGGUAGACUUGGUCUACCGGAGGAUGUUGCCGGUGUUGCGAGCUUGAUUGCUAGUCGUGAGUCGCAGUGGUUGACGGGGCAGACGUUUCAUGUCUCUGGUGGUGCGCAUAUGGCUUCUUAA